AUGUCAACCCAACCGACGUUUGACGAUUUACCAGAAUUUGACGCCAGGAAAUUCCAACCUCCCGAAUGGGCCAAAACGCAAUUCCACUGGGGAGAGAAAAACGGUGAAACUUCUAAAGCUGGAUCACUGAACGGUGCUUCAAAUCGUGAUACCACUCAAUCACAUACCGCAGACAAGGGAGUCGUAGAUCCUGAUGGCGAUGACGACCAAGAAGAAGAGGAGGAAGAAGACGAGAUAUGGGAAGACGCUGUAGAUAUCGUCGAACCUGAUGAAGCUAAAUUCUCAACUGAAGACCUGAAUGAGCUUCUUACGAAAGCUAUCAGACUGAAAAACGAAGGAAACGCUUUAUUCACUUUUAAACCGAUACCGAAAUAUGAUGAAGCGAUAUCAACAUACCUUAAAGCUAUAGAUCAUCUACCACACAUACCCUCCCCUCCUGAAGAGGAUGAGUCUGUCAACCCCAAAAAGGGCGGUAACAAGUCAGGGGAAAGUGGGAUCGAAGAAGUGACAGAAGAAGAAGCUAUUAAAAUCGAACAAGAAGAACUGAAAAAAGCGACAAGUGACCAAGAGAAACAAAGGGAACAAGUAGAAAAUGGGAUUAAAGAAUGUACGAAGAAUGUUUGGGGUAAUUUAGCUGCAUGUUAUCUUGCUUUGAAAAAAGAUAAAGAAGCUGUUGAAGCUUGUACUGAAGCACUCAAGAUCGACCCAAACUACGUUAAAGGAUUACAUCGACGUGCCACUGCUAAUGAACGAAUAGGGGAGUUGUCAGCUCUGGUAUCUGCUAAAGAUGAUUAUACACUCCUUCAAAAUCUCUUACCACCUUCAUCACCUCUAAACCCAUCAAUCAGGAGAUCCUUAACAAAUCUACCUGAAAGAAUCAAAGUGGAAGAGAAGAAACAGAUGGACGAAAUGAUGGGUAAAUUGAAAGAUUUAGGUAAUUCCUUACUUGGAAAUUUCGGUUUAUCGACGGAUAACUUCAAAUUUGAGAAACAAGAUAAUGGUGGAUGGGGAAUGAACUUUCAGAGAUAA